AUGCCUGAACUCUCUCUCUCUCUCUCUCUCUCUCUCUCUCUCUCUCUCUCUCUCUCGUCCACGUACGAUAAAACAAGACAUAAAAAAAGCCAGAUAAAAUUAAGGAUAAUGUCUUCCGAGGAAACACAAGAAUUGAAUCAAUUAUCUGAUGAAAUUUCAGAGAUGGAAAUUCAAAAUGGACUUAGUGCUGAUGAAAAGUACCAUCUCAUCACAAGAAAUCUCCAGGAAGUUCUUGGAGAACAAAAACUGAAGACAAUUUUGAAAGAACGUGAUGUGAAAAUCUACUGGGGAACAGCCACAACAGGCAAGCCACAUGUGGCUUACUUUGUACCCAUGACAAAAAUAGCAGACUUCCUCAGAGCUGGUUGUGAAGUGACCAUUCUCUUUGCCGACCUUCAUGCCUAUCUGGACAACAUGAAGGCGCCUUGGGACCUCUUGAAGCAACGUGUAAAAUAUUAUGAACAUGUAAUAAAGGCAAUGCUUAAAUCCUUAAGUGUUCCUCUGGAGAAGCUCAAAUUUGUAAAAGGAACAGAUUACCAACUUAGCAGGGAAUAUACAUUAGAUGUUUAUAAAAUGUCAUCCAUGGUCACUGACCAUGAUGCUCGCAAGGCUGGUGCUGAAGUGGUCAAACAGGUGGAACAUCCAUUAUUAAGUGGUUUGCUCUACCCUGGGCUUCAGGCUUUGGAUGAAGAAUACUUGAAGGUAGAUGCACAAUUUGGUGGUGUUGAUCAAAGAAAAAUUUUCACCUUUGCAGAAAAGUACCUGCCACACUUAGGAUAUACCAAGAGAAUUCAUUUAAUGAAUCCAAUGGUGCCUGGUUUGACUGGAACAAAAAUGAGUUCUUCAGAAGAUGAUUCCAAAAUUGAUCUUCUUGAUUCAGCAGCACAGUUGAAAAAGAAAAUGAAACAAGCUUUCUGUGAACCUGGCAACAUCAAAGAGAAUGGAAUUUUGUCAUUUUGUCAACAUGUUCUCUUCCAGUUACCAGUAAUGGAAAACGGUUUUCAUGUAAAAAGGAGUGAAGAAAAUGGUGGUGAUGUGAUCUACCAAACUUAUACAGAAAUGGAAGAAGCUUUUCUUAAAGAAGAACUACAUCCUGGAGAUUUAAAAGCUGCUAUGGAAAUUUACCUCAAUCAAUUGUUAAGUCCGAUUCGGCAAGAAUUUGAAACAGCUGAGAAUAAAAAGCUUACUGCAGCUGCCUAUCCUCCAAUUAAGAAGGCAGCUCCUGGAGAAGAAAUUACGCCAGCUCGUCUCGAUUUACGUGUGGGCAAAAUUUUAUCUGUUGAAAAGCACCCUGAUGCUGAUAGCCUGUAUAUUGAAAAAGUUGACCUCGGAGAAGCUUCACCUCGCACAGUGGUUAGUGGUUUGGCUGGCCUUGUUCCAAUAGAAAAUCUUGAUGGUCAGAUGUGUGUUUUUCUUUGUAACCUGAAAGCCCAGAAAAUGCGAGGUGUCAAAUCUGAAGCUAUGAUUAUGUGUGCUUCUGUAGAAGAGCCCCGCAUGGUGGAACCUUUAUUUCCACCAGAAGGUUCCUCUAUCGGGCAGUCGGUGUUUAUUGAUGGUUACCAAGGUAAACCUGAUGAGGAACUUAAACCUAAGAAAAAAAUAUGGGAAAAAUUACAGCCUGACUUGAAGGUCAAUUCAAAUGGUGUUGCAGAAUGGAGUGGUUGUUCAAUGAUGACCGAAUUAGGUGAGCUUCUUGAACAAGGAAUCAUGAAGCUCACACACCGAAAUAUUGAUAAAAAUAAUGAUGGAUCUGUUACACUUAUUCCUGAUGAAGCAGAGGACAUGUGGCAUGCCUAUAAUCUUGUGGCUGUAGGUGACACACUCAAGUCCACGACAAUCAGGAAAGUUCAGAAUGAAUCCUCUACAGGUAGUGUGAGUGCCAGCAAAGUGCGGACAGUACUUACCAUUGCUGUUGAGACUAUAGAUUUUGACACACAAGCCUGUGUUCUCCGAGUUAAGGGUAGAAAUAUCCAGGAGAACCAGUAUGUCAAGAUGGGUGCCUAUCACACACUUGACUUAGAACUUAAUCGAAAAUUUACACUUGUUAAACAUUGGGACUCGGUGACAUUGCAACGAAUUGAUUCUGCCUGUGAUCCAACCCAGAAUGCAGACCUUGCUGCUGUGGUGAUGCAAGAAGGUCUUGGCCAUGUCUGUUUAGUUACUUCAAAUAUGACUUUGGUGCGGGCUAAAAUAGAGACAAACAUCCCUCGAAAGAGAAAAGGCAUGUGUGCUCAACAUGAUAAGGGCUUGACCAAAUUUUAUGACCAAAUUAUUCAGGCAAUUAUGAGACAUGUAAAUUUUGAAAUUGUAAAGUGUGUACUUAUUGCAAGUCCUGGUUUUGUGAAGGACCAGUUUUACUCUUACAUGUUUGAUCAAGCAGUCAAAAAUGACUGGAAAACACUUCUAGAAAACAAAGCUAGAUUUGUACUCAUCCAUUCCUCAUCAGGUUUUAAACAUUCACUUAAGGAAGUGUUGCAGGACCCAACUGUUGCUGCUCGAUUGGCAGACACAAAAGCCUUGGGAGAAGUUAAAGCUCUCGAUGAUUUUUACAAUCUCUUGUUGAAUGAUCAAGAUCGUGCAGUUUAUGGAAUAAAAGCUGUUGAAAAAGCUGCAGACCUACAGGCCAUUGAGGUUCUAAUGGUAUCUGAUGAAUUAUUUAGGUCAAGUGAUAUAAAGAAACGGGAACGCUAUGUAGCUCUUGUGGACAAAGUAAAAGACAACGGAAGUGAUGUAAAAAUAUUUUCCAGUCUCCAUGUGUCUGGUGAACAACUUGGGCAGUUGACCGGUGUAGCAGCAAUGCUAAGAUAUCCUAUUCCUGAGGAAGAUGAUCAAGAGGAGGAGGAAGAGACAUGA